UAAAAACAUCAGAAAACGACUUUACAGACUCAGAGGAACACCUGACACUCAUCGCUGACUUUGCUUUGGAAAGGCUAAAAAAAAAAUGUCUGGAAAAAAAUGGGUUCUGCUUGUUGCUGGCUCACAGGGCUGGGAAAAUUACCAACAUCAGGCCAAUGUGUGCUGCUUAUAUCAGAUAAUUAAGCAACAUGGAAUUCCUGAUGAGCAGAUUGUGGUGAUGAUGUAUGAUGACAUCGCACACAAUAAAGAAAACCCAAGUAAUGGAGUCAUCGUCAGUGCGGUACAUGAAUUAGGAGACGUGUACAGCGGGGUUCCAAAGGACUACACUGGAGAGGAUGUGACCAUAGACAACUUCCUUGCUGCUCUUCAAGGGGAUGACAGUGGAAAAAAUGAAGGGAAAAAAGUCAUAAAAAGUGAAGCAAAUGACAACAUAUACAUCUACAUGACCGGUCUGGGAACUGAAGGCACGUUUGAAUUUCCUGAGCAGUCACUUUCUCCUUAUGUUUUCACUGAAGCAAUCAAAAACAUGAGUAAAGAAGGAAAAUUCUCAAAGAUGGUGAUAUUCAUGACCAGCAGUUACUCUGCAACGAUGUUCGAAGGCCUUAACGAUGAUGUUAAUGCCUUUGCAUUGACUGCAUGUGACAAAAAUGUCCAGAGCUGUCCCAGUGAUUUCAACGAAAGCAUGAAAGUCUACCUCUCUGAUAAAUUCUCAUCUGCUUGGUUGAACUUCACCUUUACGGCUGACUUUAAUACAGCAACAUUACGAGGUCUGAUAGCUAAUAAACAAGCUACUUAUCUUGAAAACAAUGAAGGUCCCUGCCCCUGCCAGUUUGGGAAAAUGGCUAUCAGUCACUGUCACCUCUGCGAGUUUCUGCAAAACUGAACACCCUACAAGCUGAUCGAUCGGUGUUCAAGAAAACAGACACGCAUGAAAAUGAUAAAUAAGAGUAAUCUAAUGUCCUUUUGUGCUAGUUUCUUGUUUCAGAAUUUUAGAUUUACAUUGAUUGCAAGAUAACAAUAUAAUUUACAAGUUUUUUGGUCGAUUUUUAUCAUUUUGAAACAAGUUUUUUAUGUUAAUCAAGGCUGCAGUUGUUUGAUCCAAAAUAGAGCCUUAAAUAGUAAUAUCAUGAAGUAUUUUGAAAACAAUAAAACUUGCAAUAUGGUUAAAAGUCCAAUGAUUGUAUGUGUUAUUUAUUAUGCAUGGAUUUGACCAAUUCUGCAGUGUCUUACGGUGCAUUUAGGCUCUCCAUUCUAACAGUUUGUUUGUUCACUGGGAACUGAAACCAUGAUUGUGAUGUGAUCUUUUAAUUAGUCACAGUAAAGUGAAUGUGGUCUGUGUGCAGAGUGACAUACAUUUAAAGCAGUGGUUUUCAACCUUUUUUUGUGGGCCAGCACCCUCUAUUCAUUAUCCGGGUC